AAAUGACAAAUGUUGUCAUGUAUAUUUAUAUAUUUUUACAAUGGUAAAAUAGCUUUUUUCUUUUUUUAAUGGAUGACUCCAGAGAAUCCAUAUAUCUCUUAGGGUAAGCCAAAUGAACCCCUAAGAGAAGCGACCACAAUUUCCAUUAUGGAGAAGCUCUCAUGCAUUUGAUCAAAGGGUAUGUGGGCACGGGGGUGUUUUCUAUGGGAGACGCUAUCAAAAAUUCGGGACUUAUUUUUGGACCCAUUAGUGUACUGCUUAUUGGCAUGACCUGUUUACAUUGCUGCCAUUUACUUGUCAAUUCAGCUCGUCUGCUCAACAAGCACUACAGCUUAGAUAAAGUGCCAGAUUAUGCAGAUACUGGUAAACUCUGCUUCAGAUUAGCCGCCCCAAGCUUACCAGCUUUAGCGUUUAUAGCUAAGCUGACCAUCAACGUCUUCCUCAUAAUGGCGCAAGUGGGUUUUUGCGCAUCAUAUUUGGUAUUUAUUUCAUGGAACGUGCGAGAGUUAUUGAGAGCCCACAAGUUUGCCUUGGAUAUCCACACUAUUAUAGCGCUAGUAGCUAUUCCAGUGUGGCUUACUUGCCUUAUAAAAACCCUAAAAUGUUUGGCAUAUUUGUCUAUGUUGGCAAAUGCAGCUUUACUGCUUAGUAUAGUUAUAGUGAUUUACUAUGCUUUUAUGCAGCCAGCGACGGAAUGUCCUGUAGGGCUAAAGAUACCAAGUUUAUCCAGUUAUUCAAUAUUUUUUGGACAGUGUAUCUUCUCUUUUGAGGGAAUCGGACUAGUGUUAAUUCUGUAUAAUGAAAUCGAUGAUCGAAACCAGUUUAGUGAGUCUUAUGGAGUAUUAAACUUGGGUUUGCAUAUUGUCACUAUGGCUUAUAUGUUCUUUGGAGCAGCAACUUAUAUGCAGUUUGGAGACGCUAUUAAAGAAACUGUUACUUUAAACCUGAAUUCAUCACAAAUUUUGGGUCAAACAGUUUUAGCAUUAAUCUCUAUAGGAAUAACAUGUAGUUUUGCCCUACAGCUUUACGUGGCUGUAGAUAUAUUAUGGCCCAAAAUACUAACCUGGUUGGGACCUUUUCAGUAUCCAUACUUAGUAGAGGUGUGGUUUAGGACAGCACUUGUAAUUACAAUAAUUGUUAUGGCUGAAGCAAUCCCGAGACUCCAAAUCCUGCUGGCUUUUAUUGGCUCCUUUUUAAGUGUCGCUUUAAUAGCCAUUUUUCCAGCAAUUAUAGAUCUUGUGACUGCUUAUGGGUUUAGCACAGUUUCGUCACUUUUAGUGGUAAAAGAUUUACUGAUUAUAGUAUUUGGAGUUACCUCUACUAUAAUGGGAACUACUGCCAGUAUAAUGCUGUUAUCUAAAGAGUUUUAGUCGUUAGAUCAUACUGUAUAUAUUAAAGUAUUUGGUUAACAACUGAGAAUAA